AUGGCGAGCAGCACGGGGGACGGCCGGCACUCGCUCACGACGCCCGUCUUUCUCCUCAAAACGUACGAAAUGCUCGAACGCUGCCCGACGCACGUCGCUGGAUGGACCGACGAUGGCGAAGCUUUUGUCGUCCGGAGCAAGACUGAGUUCGAGACCAAAGUGCUCCCGGUCUAUUUCAAACACCGCAACUUUCACUCGUUCGUGCGGCAGCUCAACAUUUACGGCUUCAAGAAGGCUCGCCUCGAGAGCUCCGACAUGUCGCCGAGCUGGGAAUUCCAACACCCCAAGUUCCGACGUGGCGCCAAGCGCGGCCUCAACCAGAUCCAACGACGCACAACGACGACGCCCGAGCCAGAAGCCCCGUUUGAAAACAGCCACGAAGUCGCAGCGCUGCGUCUCAAGCUCACGCACCUGCGAGAGCACUUGGCGAACCUCAACGCCAAUAUUGAGCGCGUUGCACUCUUGGUCGUGCGCAAACGAAAGCGCGAGCUACAGCUACCAACCGACGUCGUCAUGACAUCGUUUUUGGAUCAAGUCGACUGGAACCUCGAGGCGUAG